AUGAAAUAUUAAAAGAAUGGCCAUCUUUUCGAAGAUGGCACGUAUAUCGAAUUCAGUAUCAAUAAUAAUAAUAAUACUAAAAAAACAUUUAUAUACUAAUAAAUUCCAGACUCAGCUACAGCAUAAUUAUUUGAUAUUAGUUCAGAUUUUAAUUAGAUUGAUCAAUUAUCAGAAUCUAGACUAUCCCCUGAGAUCAAAUCAUUUUAGGCUAGAAAGGAAGAGAGCAUAUUUUAGAAAUGCCUAAAUAAGAUUCCAGUGUUUCACCCAACUUCAAAGGGCUUGAUAGCUUGGCAAUUUAUCAUGGUCAUCAUAAUUUUGUUAUACUUUUUCUAUAUACCAUUAAAAAUAGCCUUUACUGAUGAAUUGAAUGGUCUUAAUCCUAAUUAUAAUGAGAUGGUUAAUAUUUUUCUUAUAUUUUCGAUUAUUGUGCUUGGUUUUGAUUUGUUGGUUUCAUUUAACACUGGAUUCACAUAGAAUGGGUAAGUAAAUAUGGAUAGAAAAUAGAUUGUGAAUAAUUAUAUAAUAAUUGAAUUCGAAUUGGAUUUUAUUGGAGUGCUGAGUCUAAUCCUCUCAUAUAUUUUUGAUCUUGACUUCAUUAGAUUGUUAUUUUAUUUGAGAAUUUAUUACGUCAUAAGGUUUGAUAAUAAAAUUGAUCAUAAAUUAUUGCUCAAAAAAACCUUUAAAGGGAUCUACCUACUUAUAAAAUUGAUUAUUGUGAUGCUCUUCGUUGCCCACAUAAUGGCUUGUAUAUUUUAUGGAAUUUCUUAUUCUGAAUUAUUGAAGGAUGAAAACAACCAAGUACCUUACAUUGAUACUUGGAUUGUUUUUAAUGGUUAUGUGAUAGACAAUGAGCAGAUCUUUUAAUCUUCUUUGGCUGAUAGAUACUUGGUAUCAUUCUAUUGGGCCAUCACUACGGUAUCUACUAAUGGGUAUGGAGAUAUAACACCAAAGAAUAAUUCUGAAAUAGGAUGGACUCUGUUGACGAUGAUUAUUGCUGGAAUGGUGUUUGCAUUUAAUAUAUCAUCGAUUAGGGAAACUUUGAUGGAUUUGAAUCAGGCUGAAAUAAUGGAGCAUAAUUUUGAGACAAUAAUUAGUCGUUAUAUGAAAAUGAAGAGAAUCUCAAUAAGUACUUAAGAAAAGGUGAUUGAUUAUUUUUAAUAUAUAUGGAAGGAGGAGAAAAAUCGUAAUAGAGAAGUAGAAGAUAUGCUUAUAUCAAAAUUAGCACCGGAGUUAAAAUUACAAUUAUAGUAUGAGACUUAUGUUAAGUUUGUUAAUUGCAGAAUAUUUUAUAUGAUGUAUUUUAGUGAUGAAUUUUUAUACUAACUAUCAUAAUAUAUGGAAGAACAUACAUAUGGUCCUAAAGAAGAAUUGUAUUUUGAGGAUAAACAAGGAGAUUAAUAUUUGAUGUACCUUUAAAAAGGAGAAGUUCUAAUCUUUGUGGAAAGCUAUUAAAACUCUGUUGAUGUGAAGACUAGAAUUGAUUAUAUUGAAUAAGGAAAAUGCAUAGGACAGCAAUCUUUCUUUAUGAAUGAGCGAUUCCCAUUUAGAGCAUAGACUUAAGAAUGGUGCAAUAUUUAUAGAGUAUCGAGAAUAAAGUUUGUGGAAGUUCUUAGAGAGCAUCAGAAGGAUUUUGAAUUGUUCCAUUUGGUUAUAUCAAAAAGAUAUAGCGAUCCCUAUGAGUUCUAUACAAAAUUAGACCUUAAAUGCUUUACUUGCAUGUCAGAAUCACACUAAGCAGACACUUGCGAUGUAACUCAUUAUUACAAGAGCAAUUUGGUUUUCAAAAUCAAUGUAAAGGAUGAUAAACUGAAAAGAGAGUAAUUCGAAAGAAAGCGUAAGAAACAAUACAAAUCUGUUCUGAUUCAGCACCAAAUUAAACGCAUUGCUUAAGAUUGUAUGAUGAGAAUGAAAUCUACUAAAUUUAGAAAAUAGAUAAAUUCGGAUAGUAGCUUUGAAGAUUCGGAGGAGGAGGAUUUCUAUUAAUAACAAUAAUAUUAGAAUGAGAUAGGGGAGAUAAGAUAGAUGUUGGGCAGCAUUCUUAAGGAGUUAGGAGAGGAUGUGAAUUUGAAUUAGAAGUAAUAAGUUAAAUUAUUUAUUCCGGAACGUCCUCAGUUUGAUCCUUUUGAGAGAUCAUUUUGCAUAGAUGAAGUGAAGAACUAUGAAUAUUUCUAUCCAAUGUACAACUUGAUUACUAUAAUAAAUAAAAUUUUUUGA